AUGAGCGCUCCCGGCCCCGAUCCCGAUCCCGCCGCUGCCGAGCUCGAUCCUGCCGCCGGCUCCAGCCUCGCCCCGCUGCUCCGCACCUUGGAGGACCCCGCGGCGCCGCCGGGAGACCUGACGGACGCGCACCUCACCAUCGUCAGUCGAUUCACUGGUGAAGGAGGCAAAGCGUUCAUUGCAGAUGUCAGGAAACACUUCCCUCAACUCUGCAAAGUGUUCAAGGCACACAUUUCCAGUCCAAACUUGGAGCUCAGUAAUGCAGCAUUGCAGGCCUUGGGAUUCUGCACUUUUAAUUCAAGUAACACAGCUGAAUUAUCUGGCACUGAGAGCCAGGAGCUGCUGGCAGCAGUGAACAGCGUGGCUGUGAAAUGCUCAGAUAAAAACACUCGCACUCGGGCACUUUGGGUCAUCUCUAAGCAAGCUUUUCCUCCAGAGGUUGUUAAAAAAGAGGUGUCCAAUAUUCUCUCCACCCUGGAAACAAUCCUGACUAAAGGAGAAAUUCAGUCUGUUGUGGUUGAAUAUGAGGCACUUAAUGUCAUUAUACGCUUAAUGGAGCAAACUCCAACCCAGAUGGGAGAAGAGGCUGUGAGGUGGGCAAAGCUGAUCAUCCCUCUGGUUGUCCACUCAGCUCACAAAGUGCAGUUAAGAGGUGCCACUGCCCUGGAGAUGGGGAUGCCACUGCUCCUGCAGAAGCAGCAGGAGGUGGCAGCUGUCACCGAGCACCUGAUGACCACAAAAUUAAUUUCCGAACUUCAGAAAUUAUUUUCUGCAAAAAACGAAACUUUCGUGUUAAAACUGUGGCCCCUGUUUGUCAGAUUGCUCGGAAAGACUCUGCAUCGAAGUGGGAGCUUCAUCAAUUCCCUGCUGCAGCUGGAGGAGCUGGGAUUUCGCAGUGGCUCCCCAGUGGUGAAGAAAAUUGCCUUCAUUGCAUGGAAGAGCCUCAUUGAUAAUUUUGCCCUAAAUCCAGAUAUCCUGUGCAGUGCCAAAAGGCUGAAACUGCUGAUGCAGCCCCUGAGCUCCAUCCAUGUGAGGACAGAGGCUCUGGCACUCACCAAGCUCGAGGUGUGGUGGUAUUUACUGAUGAGGCUGGGACCUCACCUGCCCUCCAACUUUGAACAGGUUUGUGUCCCAUUAAUCCAGAGCACCCUGAGUGUGGAUCCUGCUGCUGCAUUCCCAGGAACCCCCUCACGUCCCAACAACCCCAACCUGGGCUCUGCAACCCCUGGGCAGAAAUCAGGUCCUUUUCCAUUUGUGAGCCCAGGAACUCCCAGGAUGGCCCUGAACAGCAGCACAGCAGGAGUGGUUCUCUUCCCUUCCAUCCAACUCCUGGGAAUUGAAAUGCUGCUCCAUUUCCUCAUGGGACCACAAGUUGUGGAUUUUGCAAAGCAAAACAAACUCGUGCUUAGCUUAGAGCCUCUCCAGUACCCACUGAUCAGUAGCCCUUCUUUUUUUUGUAAGCAUGCCAGCACUCUGAUAAAUGCUGUUCAGGAUGGCUUUGUUGGAAUUGGAAAAGAAGUUCCUGAUUGUUUGCUGAAUGUUAUCUGGAAGGACAUGAAUGGAUUUGUAAAAACAGCAAUUGAAGCAGGAAAUAAGAAAGAGAAACAAGGCUCAGAAAUACUGACCAUGUUACUCCAGGCUUUAAAAAACAUUGUGAGAUCAAAUUCUCUGCCUGUGCAGAAAAUUCUGUCUCUCAUUGAUAUCACUGUCAAGGAGUUGCCUCCAAAAGUAUUGGGAUCUCCAGCUUAUCAGGUUGCUGAUAUGGAUCUUUUAAAUGGAACUCCAGCUUUAUUCCUAAUCCAACUACCUUUCCACAAUAACCUCUUGGAAAGCUGUGUGACAGAUGAGAGAUUCUUUGGGAUUUUGGAAAGUCUGGUGGGUUUUGCCCUUUCUGGCCCCACGUCUGCCCUGGCUUUCAGUGAGUCUGUGCUCUGUGUCAUUGAUCAGAGUGCAAAGCAGGUGGGCAACAAGGAACAGCUCUGGAGAAUGUGGAGUAUUGUUGUUAAUCCUCUCACUGAAUGGAUUCAUCAGUUAAAGCCAACUUUGAAAUCUUUAUUGAAAUCUUGGUCAGACCUGUAUCGAGUUUUUGCUCGUUGUGCUGCUCUGGUUGCAACAGCUGAAGAAAAUCUUUGCUGUGAAGAAUUUUGUGCCAAAAUAAUAUCUGGGCUAGAAGGUGAAACUUCAGUAGAGCUGUCCAUGCUGGAAGGUCUCACCCACCUCGUGUCAGUCAUGGUCGAUUGCAUCAACUUUGCCCCCUAUGGCACCAAAUUCCAGCCCAAAAAUCGAUCUCCCCAGACACCCACGGAAUGGGCAAAGAAAAAAAAGGAACCUCUUGGCAAACUCUGCUCUCUCUUCAAACUUCUGCUGCUUCUCCUGAAUUCUUUCCACGAGCUUUGUUCCAAGGACGAGCCCUGGGAAUGUUUGGUGGCCAUUGGGGUGUCCCUGGUGGCCACCCUGCACAGCAUCAGCAGCCACGUGUCCCUGCCUUCCCUGCUCGCUGCCACUUUGGAUUUUUUUGCCAAACCUUUGUUUGUUUUCCCUGAGCUGGAGAAGCUGCUGGCAGAGAUCCUGCAGUGCCUGCAGUGUCACUGCCCGGGCUCGUGUGACUCGGUGCUGCUGCAGCAGCUGAGCCCCGUGCUGAGCGUGGCCUUCCAGCACAGGAGCCGCCACAUCCGCCACCAAUGUGCCCAACUCUGGAACUGCACCUUCGCCAGAGCCUCCUCCCUCACCUACCCCCAGCACCUCCAGUCUGUGUUAAGCCAAGCCAAAAAGAAAAUCCCUCUGCUGCUGCCUGGUUUUGAAACCAUUGAGAUGUCUGAGGAGUGCAGUGGCCCCUUCUCUGACAUGAUGGAAAAUUCCCAGCUGGAUGCAAAAAUCAGUGGAAUGGAGGUGAAGGUGGGACAGAAACGAGAUUCAAUAUUGGCACAGACGAGUGAAUCAAAAAAUGAUGGCAAAGACAAAUCCAGCAACGUGCAAGGAACCCCUGCCAAGUUAAAACUAGAAUUUUCAUCUCCUAAGACAACAAGUGAGACGCUUCUGGAAGAGGAGAAAUCUGUUGAUUUUGUGUUUAUUCCUCCAGAAACAAAACCAAGAAUAUUGACAGAGCAUCAGAAAGAAGUGCUUAGGUCAAAGAGAGUUGAUAUUCCUGCCAUGUACAACAACUUGGAUGCAUCCCAGGACACCACCUCAUUUUCCCAGUACACCCAGAGCCAGGAAGAUUCUUUGGAAGUACCACCUUCAGUGGAAAAUGCCAAAGCAGACACUGCAAACCAGCCUCAGGAGGAAAAGGCAGGGAGUGAAGGAUGUCAGUCAGAGGAGAGCCCAGCCUGCAGCAGCGAGGGAGAGGCCAAAAAUGAGACAGCUGAGAUGAUCCCAGAGGAAACAUCCAUUGGAGAGGGAUUGGAGACAAAUUCUAUGGAAGCAGCUUCCCAGGAAGCCUCAGCAGAGAAGGAGGACACCUCAAAUGUCACCAGCAGCUCGGCCUCCAGUGACAUCAUCUCUGGCACCCCCCAGCCCGUGAGCCGGCGCCAGUCCUUCAUCACCCUGGAGAAAUUCGGGGCUGCAGAGAGCAGAGCCUUCAGCCCAGCCCCACUGAGCUCCGUGUCAGGGCUGCCUGGGAGUGCUCCUGGGGCAGCCACGCAGGAAAACACCAGUGGCAGCAAAGGCAGUGCUAAAGCAGAGAAAUCUGGAGAGGAAAAUAAAAACAUUCCUGCCAUGCGCAGGGUGACACGGCGGCAGAGCAGGAUGGAGCUCCAGGGCAGUAAAUCCGAGCUCCAGGGCAGUAAAUCCGAGCUCCAGGGCAGUAAAUCCGAGCUCCAGGGCAGUAAAUCCGAGCUCCAGGGCAAUAAAUCCGAACUCCAGGGCAAUAAAUCCGAACUCCAGGGCAAUAAAUCCGAGCUCCAGGGCAAUAAAUCCGAACUCCAGGGCAAUAAAUCCGAGCUCCAGGGCAGGUCAGAGGAGUCCCUGGCCUCUGAGAGCCUGGAAGGCAGUGCUGAGCUGGGCUCUGCAGUGGAGGAUUUGAAGAACGUCCUGCUGAGCCAGUCGCAGGCUUUGCUCUCCACGGAGGCAGACAUCCAGAAAGUCGAGGAUGCAAUCGCAGAAAUGGAAAAGACUCAAGAGCUGGACAUGGACUCGAAAGAAAACACCCCCCCAGACAGCACCAGCUGCUCUGAGCAGGCACCAGGGGAUGACAGCCAGGUGCCACCAGUGUCCCCUCACCAAAAACAGCUCCGACGUUCCUCCAGGAGACGCUCAGAGACUCUGGAGAGCUCCUCGGCCAGCCAGGAGAAGGAGGAGGGGCUCCAAAAGAGAGACAGGAGGAAAGAGGAGGAGAAAGCUGGGCAGAAGAAGCUGUCCCAGGGAAAAGGUGACGGAUCCCAAAAGCAGAAAGGAAUUCCUGGGAAAACAACAGAAAGCACAAAAGAGAGCAGCCAAGCUGAGAGAGUGGCAGAGGACUGGAGCUCCAAGGACUCUGCUGCCUGCAGGAGCCUGGAUGAGGAGGGGAGCAGAGGUGGCAGGAGGGCAGAGGAUCCCCCCAGGGCGGAGGGGGAGGCUCAGGGCAGCCUCAGCACUGCAGGGCAGAAGGUGGAACGCCCACGCUACCACACCAGGAGAUCCUCCCAAGGUUUGCUGUCCAGCAUAGAAAACUCUGAGGCUGACAGCUCUGAGGGCAAGGAGGAGAGCACAAAGAAGAGAAAAGCCAUAAAAGUGAGGAGCAGAAGCAAUUCUCUUGAAGGGAAAUUGAAAGAAGGACAAACAGGGAGCCAGAGCCUUGAGGGAUCUCCCCAGGGAAAUGAAGCUAAGAGUGCAGUGGAGGAAAAUAAAGGAGAUCCUGAGGUGAGCACAGGUGCUGCAGUGCCAGCUGAAGCAGGUGGCCUGGAAAACCAGGAUAUUGCUGCAGCUGCUGGAGAGGCUGUGGGGUCUGACAGCUCUGAGAAUGCAGGUGCUCUGCAGGACACCAGCGUGGAGCCAAACAAGGCUGAUGCAUCCAUGGAGUCACUCAGCAGCCCUUGUCUGCCUGAGCACGAUGGGAGAGCAGCAGAGGAGAACAAACAGGAGGAGAAGGAAACCAGCCCAGGGGACUCUGCAGCAGCAGCAGCAAAUUCUUCAGGUGCUGAGCCCUCCUCUUUGCAAAGCCAUGAGUGUCAGAGCAAGAGAAGCAAAAGGGUGAAAAAAAUCAAGAGCUGUGAUUGCUGCUUUAAAAAGCCAAAGCAGCAGGUGACUGAAUCAAAGUUCACUGAGUCAAAGAAGGAGAAAGCUCCUGAGCUGGAGGAGCCUGAGACCACCCCAGCUCACGCUCCUGGGAAUGUUUCUGGUCACUCAGAUCUGGAGGAGAGCUUGGCCCUGGCUCCAUGUGCAGCGAGCACUCCACUGCACCCUCCCAAAGAACCCGGCAGCUGCAGCUUGGAAAGCCAGGAAAGGGCUCUGGAAAACCUGGAGGGAAGCAGUGUGGUGGUGGUGGAGGAGGAGAAUGCUGAGAAUGCAGAGGGUUCAGCAGCUGAAACCACCGAGUCCAUGGAGGAAAUAAAGGAACCUGCAGAGCAGAAGGAGCAAACAGAACAGGUUCUGCCUGAGAGUGUUCCUGGAGAUCCCAGGGAGAGCUGCCUGGACUCGGGGGACACAGGGGAAGAACCAGCAGCUGCAGAAAAAGAAGAAAUAAAUGAAAAUGGACAACUGGAAGAGGUGCCUGAGGAACUGAGUGUUGACAGCAAACCUGAGGAAAAAGAGGUGAAGGAGCUCGAAGGAAGUCAAGAGGAUGAAGGAGAAGCUGAGAACUCAGCUGGAGAAACUUGUGUUGUUCCAGAUCAAGAGAUAAAGGAUGAAGUGAUGGAAACUGAAAUAAAAGUGUGUGAAAACGUGGCCUUGGCAGACACGAGUGUGGAUUCCCCUCUGAAGGUGGAAGGGGGUCCCCAAGUGCAGGUGGCUGAAAGCCCCACCAGCCUCCAGGCCCGCUGCACCUGGUCCCCCUCAGCCUCGCCCUCCACCAGCAUCCUGAAGAGAGGGGUCAAAAGGAGCCAGGAGGAUGAUUCCCUGUCACCUGCCAACAAGAUCCGUCGAGUGUCUUUUGCAAAUCCCAUUUUUCAGGAGGGCCUGGCAGAUGACAUCGACAGGAGGAGCCCUGUCAUCAGAUCCCAUUCCUCACCCUCUUCCAGAAGUCUUAAAAUCCUCUCUAACAUGCAGCACAUUACCACUCCAACCAAAGGAUUUCUGUCCCCAGGAUCUCGUACCCUUAAAUUUAAGAGCUCAAAGAAGUGCUUAAUCACAGAAAUGGCCAAGGAAUCUCUGCCAUGCCUUACAGAAUUUGUGUAUCCUGCCUUGGCUGGCUGCAAAGCCCCCGUGGAUGUCAUCUUACCUCACAUCACAUCCAACAUCUGUGCCAGGGGCCUGGGGCAGCUCAUCCGAGCCAAGAACAUCAAGACCGUGGGAGACCUGAGCACUCUGACAGCUCUGGAGAUCAAAACUCUGCCCAUCCGCUCCCCCAAAGUCUCCAAUGUCAAAAGAGCUCUGAAAGGAUACCAUGAGCAACAGGUAAAAUCUCGAGUGAUGGAGGAAAGCUCAGUGCUUGAAGAUGCAGAAAAACCUGGGAAUGAUGUGGAGGAGAAACCUCUUUGUGGAGAUGAGGAAAAACUUGCAGCAGACCUGGUGGACACAGGCACCCCGAGCAGCGAGCAGCCCCCAGUGGAUCUCCUGGGGCAGAUCCAGGCUCUGGCUGCCCAGCUGAGCUCAGAAGAUCUCCAUGGCUAUUCUGGCAGGCAGCUCUUUGAGAUGCAGGAGAAGCUGGCAGGGAUGGCCUCGUGUAUCCUGAGGACCCUGCAGGCUCGCUGGCACUCCCCUCCCCACGAGGGCCCCGAGUAGCUGCAGCUCCCUCGGGAGGACUCUGCUACAACAACACUUGUCCCCACAUUGUUUUCCUUACUGCUCACUUACUCCUUACAUCUGCAUUUUGUGCUAUAGGAUGUUUUUUAACAUUUCCAUGAAUUUACUUUCUUUUUUUUUUUUUUUUUUUCUUUUUUAAUUUUUGUUUUUGUGUUGUUUUUUUUUUCCCCUCUAAUUUGUGGGACUGUUUCCUCCCUGGCAGAGGUGUUUCUAUGGGAUUGCUAUGCAUCUUCCUUUCAGGCAGUGAAACUAAACCUGACAAAGCUGUGCAAUAGCAAAGACUGUGAAAAACCAAACCAAGAGAGUAAUUAAAUUAUUUUUUCAAAUCCAAAGUGUUCUUACUGCUGCAAACUCUUGCUGUGGGGUGAGAGCUGCAGCUGCCAGCUCUGCUCCCCUCCUACCCCAGCUGCUUCUGGCAGCACGUGUGAGGUAAGCUGGGCUUUAUUCCUUCCAGCAGGAGCCUGGGAUUUGUACUGGAUCUAUUUUUCCAUGUAUUUUUCUACAACUCAAGAUAAGGAGUGCUGAGGAAAAUGUGCUUGUAUGGGAGAAAGACUCUGCAAAGCCCCCCAGGCUUUGCCCCAUGGCCUUUGCUGGCAGCAGUUCUCCUUGUGGGAAGAAUUUUUGUUGGUUUUUUUUUUUUUUUCCAUGGGGAAAUGGAUGAGUUGGACAAGAGCUCUUUGUAUAUUGUGUACAGACUCACAGCAGAUGUUGGGUAAUAAUUUAUGGAGUUUUAAUUGCAUGGACUGCAUUGCUGCUGCUUGGGGACCUUCAGCCAGAAUUCCCAGGUUUUUCCUCAGGAAUUCUGAUCUGUAUAUAUUGGACUGUAGCUGUCCAGAUGGAUGUUUAUUGGAAGGAACUGCUGCAGGUGGUUUUAGAACUUUUUACAUGGGCAAAUAAAAGAGCAAAUAGUUCCCAGA